UCAUUCAUUUAUUGGAAAAAAAUGUCGACCGAUAAAAACCAUGAUAAUGAAUUGACAGCCGAACAACUUGCUCAUAUUGAACGUAAUCGACAAAAAGCAUUACUACGGCAACAGAAAAAACAACGUGAUCUGACCACCGAUGAAGUAUAUCGUUUGGAACGAUACAAUGAACUUAAUGUUCAAUCUAGCCAGGAUUUUGGUGGCGGAUUUUUCGUUGAUCAUCAUGAUUCAGAUCGGAAAAUAAAUUCAAUAAAUAAUUCAUCAUUAACGGCAUCAUCGACGAAAAUAACAAUCAAACCGGAUACAAGAGAAAAUGUUUGCGAUGAAUGUGAUGAUAAUUUCAGUAAUUCAUAUUUGUUAUCAAAUUUUGGUGAAAAAAUCUGCGAUUCGUGUAAAGAUUUGAAACAAAAACAUAAAUUAAUCACACGUACUGAAGCUAAACAAGAAUAUCUAUUGACCGAUGUGGAUCUGGAUAAACGUGAUCCACCACUUCGUUGUAUAAUGAAACGUAAUCCACGUGUUUAUGCUCGUGGUCAUAUGCGUCUUUAUCUUCGUUUACAAGUGGAAGAACGUGCAUUGGAAGUAUGGGGCAGUGAACAACAGCUGGAAGAGGAACGAGAAAAUCGUGAUGCAAAACGUGAAGGUAGAAAACGUAAACAAUUUGAUAAACAAAUGAAAGAAUUACGUAUGCAGGCAAGAAGUUCAUUAUAUCAUAAACGAUUACAAAGCCAAUCACAUGAACAUGAUUUUGGUGAUGAACAAUUGAUUGAGCCACCACCAUCUACUACUACUACCGCUGCAGAUUCAGAUGGUGAAUAUUAUCAACAAACAUGUAAAACAUGUGGAUUGAAAAAAGUAUUUGAAAAAUUGUAAAUGAAUAAUAGUUUGUUUUGUAUAAAUUUGUAAAUCUAACUUAAUUCAAAUUUAAUUAUUGAUUGUAAUUUAUUAACAAAAUUAUUUUUAAUAAUAAUAAAUGUUUUCCAUAUAUUCUAUCAUCAUACUA